AUGAAGAUGGCAGAAAGCUGGAAAGAACCAGAUCCUUUGUCCUGCUCGAUAUGCCUGGAUAUACUGAAAAGUCCUGUGACUCUUACUUGUGGCCACAGUUACUGUAUGGACUGUGUGAAUGGCUACUGGGACCAGGAGGAUCACCGCGGUGUUUAUAACUGUCCCCAGUGUAGACACACUUUCAUCCCCAGACCUGUGUUGAACAAGAACACAGCGCUGGCUGAUUUAGCAGGGAAAAUGGCAAAACAACCCACGCCUGCUGAGAAGGUUGAAGUCGGUCCUGGUGAUGUGGAGUGUGACUUCUGCAAUGUGAAGAAGCUGAAAGCUGUCAAGUCCUGCCUGGUGUGUCUGGCUUCAUACUGUGCUACUCACCUGCAGCCCCACUACGAGUCUGCUGCUUUCAAAAGGCACAAGCUGGUGGAAGUAUCAGCCUCCAUUCAAGAUAAGAUCUGCCCUAAGCAUGACAAGCUGCUUGAAGUCUAUUGUCGCAGUGAUGGACAAUGCAUUUGUCUGCUCUGUGUGAUGGAUGAACACAAAGGUCAUGACACUGUCUCAGCUGCAGCAGAGAGAAAAGACAAACAAAAACAAUUUGGAAAGAAAAAACAAAGAUACCAGCAGGGAAUACAGGAGAAAGAGAAGCAGCUGCGGCAGCUGAGACAGAAAAUGAAAGAACUGCAGUGUUACGAGGAUGCAGCGGUUGAUAAAAAUGAGAAGGCCUAUGCUGAAUUUGUCCAGAUGGUGGAUAAAAGGCGAAGUACCUUGAACAAUCUAAUCAGAGUCCAGGUGAAGGCUACGGUGAGCCGAGCUGAGGCGCUUGUGGAUCGGCUGCAGAAGGAAAUCUCUGAUAUGAGAAAGGGAGAGGAUGACCUGCAGCAGCUGUCACUCACUGAGGACCACAUUCAUUUCUUGCAGAGCUGCCAAUCCAUUCUUGAUUGUCCAGAACCCAACAUGCCCUUUGAUUUCAACAUCCAUCUACACACACCUUUUGAUUUUGUGACAAAGAAUAUUUCUGAUGUGAGAGACAAAAUGGAAAAUGUGGUCAAAGUCAUUGCAGAAAUAACUGAGACAAUUCAAGUGGAUUGUGAUCCCAAGACAAGACAGGAGUUCUCCCUUUAUUCCUGCCACCUCAUUUUGGAUCCCAACACAGCAUUUGAAAACCUUUUGCUCUCUGAGGGAAACAGCAAAGUAACCUGGAUUAAAAAAGCCCAGAAGUAUCCAUACCAUCCAGAGAGGUUCACCAAAUAUGAUCAAGUGUUGUGCACUGAAGGCUUAUCUGGAGUUUGCUACUGGGAGGUUGAGUGGCGGGGACCCAGGGCUGAUGUUGCUGUGUGCUAUAAGGGGGCAGAGCUGGAUGAAAAUAGCUUUGGAUUCACAGAUCGGUCCUGGUGCAUUUCUCUUUCAAGUGUUUGUUGCAGCUUUUGGCACGAUGGAGUAAAAACCAAAGUGUCCAACCACUGCUCCUCCACUGUAGGCGUGUAUCUGAACCAUAAGGCAGGGAGCCUGUCCUUCUACAGCGUGUCAGAUUCUGGUGAAAUGAUGCUCCUGCACAGAGUUCACACUGCAUUUGCUCAACCUCUGUUCCCUGGGUUCAUGGUCUCCAGAGGGGCCACUGUUAGGAUAAAGUCACCACAGGAAAUGGCAUCCAGUGGCGAGGUUGUCCGUGUGAAGCGUCAUUAAAACAGUUAGUUUAUUCUCUGUACACUGUUUUGUGCGUGUGUUAAACACAGGCACUAAAGAGGUGUUCACUCCAGUUAUCUGUUCAUCAAUUCAUCAUUUCUCAUUUCGAUACUGUUCUUUAAAAUGUGAUUUGUUUUGCAAGGAAAAGAUGAAAGACAUUAAUGGCACAGGUGUGUAUAUUACAUGUUUCUCAUCCUGUGAUGAAUCCACUUACACUGUAGACUGUUGCUUGUGAAUCUUAGUUAUUAAGUAGAAUAAAUAUGUUCAUAACAAACAGAAUUAAGACUCUCUUGCUUAGGUGUGUGUUUACCAAUGGUGAUACAGUCUAGCAGAUAUGUUGAAACUUAACAUGUUAACAGUGCUGUGGUUAAUGUGUAGUUAAAUUUAGGCAAAAAAUCCACUUUGUUAUACUGAGGAAAGAUGUUUUGGCUUAACAUACCCAGGUUUGGGGGCACAAUAUCUACUGGAAAAGUAGCGAUGUCUGCACAAAAUAAUGGCCUUUUGUGCCAAUAUCCUUACUGGAAUAACAGCAAUGGGUUGCUACAAAACACCCACGUUUGGUGCUGCAAGCUGCAAGAAACUACAUCACAGCUGGUUUUGUUAUAUGUUGAUCAUGAACAGUGGUCUGCAGCUUUGCAGACGUCUCGCAUUGGUUAUACAGCAUCCAGCCUCCACCUCUCAAUGACAAAGUCA